AUGUCAUUAUUUUCAACACUUUUACCUAUUAUUCGAUCAGUUUUUUCACGAUGGACAGCAUUACAAAUAUCUGUGAGUCAUUCAAUGGGUGGUCCAGAAAGUCAAGUGAAAUAUGAAGCAUUUAUUGAAGCAUUUGGUCAAUAUCUUGCACGAAAUGUUCGACCAUCAAUAACUAUAUCUGCUUUGGAACAAGAUAUUCAAGAAUAUCUUGAUGAAAUACUCGAUGAAGAAUUUAAUACAGUUUUAGAGGAUGGUUCAAGUAAUGAAUUAGCAAAAUUAUUUAUUCGUUAUAUUCAACUUAUUCAAGAAGGUAAAUUAGUUGAUGUUCAAGAAGAAUUACAAUUACAACAAUCAACUACACCAGCAAUACAAAUGUCUGUCCGAAAUGAAAAUGAAAAUGAUUCAUCAUCAUCGUCCGAAGAUGAUGAUGAUAAUGAAAGGAAUAAUGAAAUAAGAGAAGAAGAAGAAGAAGAAUCCACGAAUGGAACGAAAUCACAAGCAAUGGAUGUUGAUGAAGAAGACAUUCUUUAA